AUGGCGGCCCCCGUGAGGACAUUGUGCUGUGCAGUGUUGAGGCUCUCCAGCAGGCAGUUCAGCACAACGUGUGGAGUACAAGCUGGGGAGAAAUGGAGGAAAGAACAAGGACUCGCCCGAAGUGGCACAGAGUACGGCCAUCUGACAGAUCUGCCUGAUUGGUCGUUUGCAGAUGGGAGACCAGCGCCUCUAAUGAAAGGACAGCUGAGAAGAAAGCAAGAGAGGGAAGUGUUAGCAAGACGUAUCGUGAUGCUGAACUCGGAGGUGGACAGAGGAAUGGAGGCGUGGAGUGAAAAACAGGAAGAAGCCAAACGACUGGAGGAGUACAGGAAGUCUCUCUUACUCAAACCUAAAGGGAAGUUGCUAAUGAAGAAAGCAUCUAAAAGUUAGACAUGUUAUCAUAUCCUUAUUGUGAUUUAUUGAAUAUAUUUAUGAGGACUUGUGGGUUUUCAUGUUUGUUUUUCAUGGAUUUCUGCAAUAAAUGUUGUGAUUUAUACUCUAAA